AUGUCGAAUGUAUACUGCACCUCUGGCGAUUCGUUUGCUGCCGGCAAGGUCAUCAAAGCGCCUACAUAUGCUGCAAUACCUGGCCCUGAUGAAGAAUACGAUCCGCACAAGCGACAUGAAGAGACAGAGAGAAAGAGGAAGGGACUCCUGGAACUCGACGACCCAACGAUGUUCGACGACCCAACGAUGGCCCCAAAGAAGCAAAGGAAAGAAAGGAAAGACAAGGGGAAAAAGAAGGGAAAGAAGGAAGAGAAGGAAGAGAAGGUCAAGGCCGAAAGGCCGCCCCUCACAGACGCGCAACAAAAAUGGAUCGACGAUACAUUGAAGAAGUCAGCAGCAGAACGAGCCGCUAACCUCAGAAAAAAUUAUGUUCGAAGAAAACCCGACGCUUGGACCACCUCGUGA